UGAACGCUUCCCGGUUAUAUCAGCAGAUCUAUCACCAUGGCUUCUGAAGCAGUGGCUGUGUUGCUGCUGGUCUUCUUGUCAGGAUCUACCUUUGGGAUAAAGCUGGAAGGAAAUGGAUACACAGACGUUCUGAUUGCUAUUAACCCAGUGGUACCUGAGAACCCACUGCUCAUCGAGAGAAUCAAGGAAAUGAUGAGCAAUGCGUCAUCCGUACUCUUUACAGCCACUGAAGACAAAUUCUACUUUGAAGAGAUAACAAUACUAGUGCCACCAAACUGGUCUCAAGGAGGCUAUGGAAGAACAAAGACUGAAACCUAUGAAAAAGCCAAAAUAAUCAUUAAUGAGGAAAAUCGUGCAUAUGGAGAUCAACCUUACACCCUGCAGUAUGGUCAAUGUGGAUCUGAGAGCCGGUACAUUCAUUUGACCACUAAAUUCAUCUUAGAUGAUGAACUCAUUAAACUGUAUGGACCCAGAGAUAAAGUCCUUGUGCAUGAAUGGGCUCACCUGAGAUGGGGAGUUUAUGAUGAAUUUGAUGACGGUCAGCCAUUCUACAAGGGUGCACACAGUGAUAUUCAGGCAACUAGAUGUUCCCUAGAGCUUGAUGGUAAAAUUGUCAACAGAAUUAACCACACAAAUUGCACACACAUUGACCCGAACAACAAGAUAUAUACACAAGACUGUGUGUUCUUAGCAGACAGCGAACAAUGGGAGAAUACUGCAUCUUUAAUGUCCUAUCCAAGUUUACAUAAGGUUACAAGAUUCUGCUCCAAUAAAACACACAACAGUGAGGCCCCUAAUGCGCAGAACAGGAUGUGUGACAACAGAGAUGUUAUGGACGUUAUUUUCACAAGCUCAGUGGAUGCCAAAGCCAAUGUCCAGCCUCUGAAAGGACCACAUCCAGUACCUAGGUUCACUGUGAUGCAGAGGGGACAGAGAGUUGUCUGUCUGGUCCUUGAUGUUUCAGGAAGCAUGCGUGGCUCAAGAAUAUUGCAACAGCAACAAGCAGCAUCUCUGUUCCUGACAACUAUAGUAGAAGAUCAUUCAUAUGUUGGGAUUGUAACAUUCACAAAAGAUGCCAAAACUUUGAAACCUUUAACUGUAAUCCAUGGUGAAGAAUCAAGAACGCAACUUGUGAGAUAUUUACCAAGUGAAGCUAAUGGAGGCACUGACAUUUGUAAAGGACUUAAAAAAGGUUUUGAGGAGUUACGCAAAGACAAUGGCAAUACAAUGGGAGAUGAAAUCAUCCUUUUAACUGAUGGGGAAUCAGAAUUAAAUUGUGCGUCGGAGGUUAAAGAAAGUGGUGCCAUUGUAAAUACAAUUGCUCUUGGACCAAGUGCAAACAAAGAGUUGAAAAUGUUGUCAGAAAUAUCAGGUGGGAAAUAUUUCUAUGCAUCUGAAAAUCUGGAUCAAACUGAACUUGUGAACGUCUUUGCUUCACUUACCACAACCAAUGGCGAUUUGACACAUCAGACAAUCUUGCUUGAUAGUUCUGGAAUGAAAGGAAAAGGAAUUCUCAACGGGACUGUGUCUGUUGAUCACACAAUCGGGAAUAAAACCACCUUUUUGGUGCUCCAUGAAAGUCAGUCCCCGGAGGAUAUUGAAAUAAAAAGCCCAUCUGGACAAAUCUACGAUUUUAUUGAUUUUCAACAUUCUUCUAUUUCCAAAAUGCACUCCUUAGUUAUUCAAGGAACAGCUGAGACUGGAGAGUGGACAUAUACCAUAAAAAAUACACUGUCAGAUCAGUAUAUAACAAUAACAAUAACAAGUUGUGCUGUCAGUGACGCCAUACCUCCAGUCACGGUCAAGGCUCACAUGAGCCAACAGUCCAUUGAUGGCAGCAAACCCAUGUUGGUGUAUGCAGAGGUCAACCAGAAAGGUGUUCCAGUGAUUCUGGCAGAUGUGAUGGCCACACUGAAGUCUGAUUCUGGGGACCAAUAUCAGCUACAACUGCUGGAUAAUGGAGCAGGUGCUGAUGCUUUUAGAAAUGAUGGGAUCUAUUCCAGAUAUUUUACCACUUCUAAAAAUGGAAGAUACAACUUGAAAGUGAAAGUGCAGAGAAAAAACAAAAGCAAAAAUAAUGGACAAGUUAGAUUGAAGAGACACAGUGUUGCCCCAUAUGUACCUGGUUAUGUCAUCAAAGGGAAAGUAGUGAUGAACCCCCCAAAGCCCCCAGUCAGUGAGGAUGACCUGCAGGCUGAUGUGGGCAGCUUCACCAGGACAGCCAUAGGAGAGAGCUUCUCAGUCAGUCUCCCACCUGGUGUCCCCCCUCCAAAUUUCCCCCCUAACAAAAUCACAGACCUGAAUGCAGAGAUAGAGGAGGACAAAGUGAUGCUCACAUGGACUGCACCUGGGGAAGACAUGGAUCAAGGCACGGCUGAUUCCUAUGAGAUCAGAGUCAGCAUGGACUUGGAAGCCCUGAGAGGAAGCUUCAGUGGAGCACAUCUAAUGAACACCUCCGACAUCCGACCACUAGAGGCAGGCUCUACAGAGGAAUACUCCUUCCUUUCCAGUUACAUCAUCAAUGCUGAACCAGAGACGGUCAUGUUCUUUGCUGUACGUUCUUGUGACAAGGAUUCUCUGAUGUCUGACAUGUCUAAUGUUGCUAAAGCCACAAAAAUUGUACCAUUUGUUCCAACUACAACUACGCCUACGAUAUCACAAUAUCCAAGUCCAAACCUAAAGCGGUCCUCUGGAUCAAAUGUAGUAGCAGUGGUUGUAUCAGUCAUUGGUACUGCUGCAGUCAUUAUUGCUGUGCUAGUUGUAACCAGGAUGCGACUCAACAGACCCGGGAACACUCCCAACUUCACAGAGACACAGGUCUCUACAAGCUUUCUGUAACAAUUAACAGCACGAAUACAUCCAUGGGCUUAUCAACACUAAAGAUAAUUGUAUAAUUAAUCUAACAUUCCUUUCUAAAAAAAACAAUGACAACGCGAGCUAUUCUGUCUCUGAAUUUGAAAGCUAUUACCCUUUCCAAAGGCAAGACAGAAUUGUAUUUACUGAGAAGACAGAGCAAAAUGUGCCAUCCAUCAGGUAAUCGCCCCAGUCAUUUACUGGCUAACAAACUACGCAGUAAUGACCAAUUAGUUGAUAUAGCAACUUCUGAAUCUGAAACAGAGGAAUUACUAUCAGAACCCAAAUGAAUCAAAGAUUCUCCUUCUUCUCCUUCUACUCCCCCUGAGGUCUAUUUCAAAUAUUGAAAUCAAUUAGGUUCACUUUUGCUCUAAAUAACUAACAUUUGGGAAAGGUGAAUGAAGCACAAAUGUCGGCUUAUAAUUGUAAAGUAAGGAUACCACU